AAAUAAACAACCCUAAACCCGAAUAGUACCCGCCACACUCCUAAACCCUAGCGCCUCCGCCCCUUCCGGCCCAAACGCGUUAGCCAUGGCGACCACAGACGCCGCCCCCGCUGCCCCCGCCGCCGCCGCCGCCCCAGCACCCGCGGUUUCCCUCGACGAGACCAAGGCAAAGAAUGUCCUCCGCCAGGUGGAGUUCUACUUCAGCGACAGCAACCUCCCCCGCGACGGUUUCCUGCGGAAGACCGUCGAGGAGAGCGAGGAUGGAUUGGCGAGCUUGGCUCUCAUCUGCUCCUUCGCGAAGAUGAGGUCGCACCUUGGCCUAGAUGCCACCGUGAAGGAGGACGGCGUGCCAGAGACGACAGUGCUUGCGGUCGCCAAGGUGCUGCGGUGUUCUGCAGCCCUCCGUGUCUCCGAGGACGGGAAGAGAGUUGGGAGAGCAAACGAGUUGUUGAAGCCAGAUGAGAUUAUAGUGCAAAUUGACUCAAGGUCAAUUGCUGUGUCACCACUUCCUCACAACGUAAAGCUGGAAGAUGUUCAAUCUUUCUUUGCUCAGUAUGGCAAGGUUAACAGCGUAAGGCUACCAAAACAUGUUUCUGACAAGAGGCAGUUCUGCGGCACAGCUUUGGUCGAAUUUUCAGAAGAAGAUGAAGCGAACAAUAUCAUGAAUAACAAACUUAGUUUUGCUGGAGCGGAUCUGGAAAUAAAAACAAAGAAGGAAUUUGAUGCUGAAAUGGAGGCUAAGAAAGAAGCUUAUGAGAAGUCGCACCCUAAUACACACGCUAAUAAGAACGGUCAUGACGAAGGAUACCCAAAAGGUCUGAUUCUGUCUUUCAAGCUGAAGAGAAUUCUAGCUGAUGGUGACACAGAACAAAAUGGUGGGGACAAAGUUGAUAAUAGCGAUGAUGCCAAGAAGGAAGGGGCUUCUGACUCUGCGGAGGAAUCGGGGAAAGCUUCUGAAGAGAAGGCCCCUGAGAACACUGAUGCCAAGGAAGAGAAGUCAGAUGAUGCUGAGGAGUUGAAGGGGUCGGAUGCACAAUCUGUUAAAAAGGAUGAUAAAAGCCUUUCAGAAAAUGACAAGGAACCAGUUUCAAGGGAGGACUUCAAAGAAUAUUUUGCCAAAUUUGGCACAGUGCGGUACGUGGACUUCAGUAAGGGGGAUGAUUCAGGAUACCUUAGGUUUGAGGAAUCGACGGCUGCGGAAAAGGCCCGUGCAUUUGCAGCUCUUGCGGAUGAAGGUGGUUUGGUUAUGAAGGGGCACCUUGUCACUUUGGAACCUGUGUCUGGACAAGCUGAGAAAGAUUAUUGGAGUGGAAUAAAGGGCGGCCAAGGGAGAUUCAAUAACAAUAAUAGAAGCAACAGGGGAGGAAGGGACUGGAAGAACAACAGAGGUGGCGGCGGAAGGCACCACGGUGGUGGGAAGCGGGGUGGUCGCCACUCUGACAACCAUGAAAGGGCUAACAAAGUCCAAAAGCUCGAUUCGUCUCCUUAGAUAGCCUGGAUCGGCUUAUACCAUCUUCUAGCCCUAGUGAGGAAAAGAAAAUAUGUCUCUGGGUGCCUGCCUGCUGCUGCCUCCACAGCUUUGGAGGUGGCCUUCCUGUGUCUGGUUUAAAUUUAACCUGUGCCUUUUAAAGUCUGAACGACGGGUGUGACGAGCCAUGUUGACAAUUGAUGAAGAGAAGGAAAACUUUAUAUGCGGCUAAA